AUGCAGCCAAGUUCUUUUGAGGUAUUUAUUGAUUUCUCUCGCACCGAUGCAUUCGUCAGGGUAUCGAAUAAAUUUAUUAACAGUUGUCUUAUUCCCCACUACGGCAGCAAAAUUCCAUCGGUGGUGCCACUGAAGCUUUCAGAUGGAAAAAAAGACCUUUAUGUUGGGUGUCUAACUCAUAACACACACAACUUUGAGCCUCGCAAGCUAUUCAUGUCGGUUGUUUUAGGAAGGGACCUGGGGUUGGCUGAUGGCCAGAUUGUGCAUUGCGUUCCUGUGUAUCAACCCACGAAGGCAACACGGGUGCUUGUCUUGCCCGCCUCUGUGGACGAGAGCGAGGUUGUGGAGCAAAAUCGCACUUCGUAUUGA